UUUGCGGGCUGCAGUUGUGUGUGUGUGUGUGUGAGAGAGACCGAAAAAGAAAGAAUAGAUUCUGUAUUAAUCUUCAAUGCAGCGUCAAGCUAAGGUUCUGCUGUUUUGCAAUGCAGCCUGUACAGAGAGGAUCUUGCUGCAGCCAAACCUGUGUGCUGUGAGAAAGAUUCAGAUCUGAAGUAGGUUUGCUGUGGCCACCCCCUUGUUUGGGAAGGGGUUAACAAGAUCUCCAAUGAGAGUGGGCUGCCUCUCCUUCCGCCAACCGUAUGCAGGUCUGAUAUUAAACAGUGUGAAGACAGUGGAGACCCGCUGGAGACCUCUGCUGGCUGAGCUGCACGACUGCACCCUGGCUGUUCAUGUCGCAUACAAGGAUUGGGAAGGCUCAGAAUGGAUGGACAUCCUUACUCACACGGUGGGGAUGAACCAGCACCAGAUACAGAGGUUGCUGCAGGAGGGGGAGAAGUUUGGCAGAGGAGCUAUUGUAGGAUUAGUCGAUGUUGGAGACACCUGGCAGUGCCCGAGUGGUUCAGACCCUGAGGAAAUGAAGGUGUUGGAGAAAAAAGCUAUUCUGCGUGGGCUAGAACAGAAGUAUCUCACCACAUUGUCGAAUCCGAGGUGGCUACGUGAACCAAUCCCAGCCAGGGGACACAAAGAUGUAUGGAUAGUGGAUAUCCCUGAUGAACUGAUCCCAUGACUACCGCUGAUACUGAGUGGGACUAGACUGAGCUACAGAGGAAGGACAUAUCAAUGUCCUGGACUGAGAUACCCUGAAUGCAAUGCUUUUAUUUGUCUAAUUUACGUCAUGUUGCCUUUUCUCUGUUGCUCUUUUUAUGUAUCUGGAAAGUAAUCACAAUA